AUGACAUGGAAUAACGCUGGAAUGCAGUCACUCAUCCCAGUCACGAACAAAGUUCAGGAUGUCUUGAACAAAGCUGGCUCUUCCGAGUCAUUCGAACUCCCGAGAAUCGCAGUUGUUGGUGGGCAAAGCUCGGGAAAGUCUUCGGUGUUGGAGAGUUUAGUUGGAAGAGAUUUCCUUCCUCGAGGCAAUGGAAUCGUCACUCGAGUUCCACUGAUCUUAAAACUCAUCCAAGAUCAAACUGAAUUUGCCCGUUUCCAACACAAAGAAAACAAGACUUUUACCGAUUUCGAUCAAGUGAGAAAAGAGAUUGAAGAUGAAACGAUGAGAAUCACGAAUGGAUCAAGGAACAUCUCUCCCAUUCCGAUCACCCUUGAAGUUCAUUCGCCACAUGUGCUCAAUUUGACUCUCAUCGAUUUGCCGGGGAUUAUCAAGAUUCCAAUCGAAGGCCAAUCCGAAGACAUUGAAGAGCAGAUCCGAGACAUGAUCUUGACUUACAUCAAAGAUGAUUCUUGUCUCAUCUUGGCUGUCACCCCAGCAAAUCAGGAUUUAGCGAACUCGGAUGCGCUAAAAAUCGCUAAAGAAGUUGAUCCAGAGGGCAAUCGAACAAUUGGAGUGUUGACGAAGAUCGAUUUGAUGGAUAAAGGGACAGAUGCAAGGGAUAUUCUGGAGAAUCGAGGAGCCUGUCCAUUGAAGAGAGGCUACAUUGGCGUCGUGAAUCGAUCUCAAAAGGAUAUCAAUGAGAAAAAGAACAUCAAGUAUUGCUUGGACCAAGAGAAAAAAUUCUUCGCACAACAUCCAGCUUAUCGACACCUCACAAACAAACAUGGCACUCCUUACCUUCAGCAAGCGUUGAAUCAACAAUUGAUGGAACAUAUUCGUGACAGCUUGCCUAAAUUCCGAAAAUCAUUGCUUCAACGGUUCGCUGAUGUGGAGCCUGAAGCGUUAAAGUAUUUGAGUCAACAAUUUGAUGACAGAGGAGAGUCAAAGAUGUUGACAACAAGAAAUAAAAUCGUUCAACAGUUCAUCCACGACGUCGAAGCAGCCAUUGAUGGAUCUUGCUCGCAAAUCGUUUCCACGAAGAAAUUGACCCGUGGAGCCUACAUCAAUCGAAUUUUCCAUAAAAAAAUCCCGGCCCAAAUUGAUUUGGCUAACUUUUUGACACCGGAAAUGAAACGGAAAAUUCAAAUCACUAUUGAGAAUGUGCACGGAGUACAUGUUGGGCAUUUCAUCCCCGAUAAGGCUUUCCGGAUCAUCACCAAGGAACUCAUCGAGUCGCUUCGUUUUGCCGCACAGAACUGUGUGAAACUCGUUGCCAGUGAGGUUUCGACAACGAUCAAGGAAGCUGCAGCAUCGAUCAAAACCUACCCACGUCUCCGCAACGAGAUCGAGAAAAUUGCAAGCACUGAGCUUUUGGAAAAGGAAAAAUACGCAAAGAGUCAAAUCAGUUUCAUGUUUGAUUGUGAACUCUCGUAUAUGAACACAAAUCAUGUGGAUUUCAAUGCACAUGAUGGGCAAAAUGGAAGAGAUGGUUUGAUGGUGAGACCAAAACCAACUCAAGACCAAAACCACCUUUUGAGAGAUGCGAUUGAGCACGAUGAACUUUACGAUCCCGAGUAUCCCGAAACCGAGAGGGUCGAUCCUCUAGAGACCGAAGAGCUCGAGGUGAAUGCUGAUUCUCUUGAGGCCAAGAGAGUGCUCGGAUUAGUGAAUGGUUAUCUACCGAUUGUUACCAAAACAAUCAGGGAUCUUAUUUUAAAAUGUAUCAUGUUGGUGGUGAUUGAUCAGUUGAUCGGUUUCCUCAAAGCCGAACUCUUGGUUCGUUUGGAUCGAGAAGAUAAAAGCGUUUUAAUGGAGGAAUCGGAAUUGGAGGUGGAACUUCGAGAGAAAACUCUUCGCGAGUAUGAAGCGAUCACAGAAGCUCUUGAGACAAUUAACAAAACCAAUAUGGUGAAGCUUGAUAUGUCAGCGAAAUCGGCCUUCCAAACUUUUGAAGCACCCGAAACGAGCAGAACUGACCGCGAGAGUUACAGGGAAACCGAGGAAAUCUUUGAU